UGUUACGAUGCAUGUACUUCAAACGUACUUACCUCCUUUGAAACUCAAAACUUAAAGAGCUCCAGGGCUAUGAGGUACUUAGAUACGUACCAACAUCUUUCCCUAAUACCAAACCCCCUUAAUCUUUGACCUCUAUUCCUUGAGUGUUAAAAUUUCAAGGGCUAGUAAUUUGACCAAUUGGAGCUUGUGAAAGUUAAAAGUUUCGACCUGCAAUAUGGCGUUGAAUAGGAAAUAUGCUGCAUUGCCAGAUCUAGACUCUGCACCCGACAUCUACGAAACUCCCGAGUUGACGGACGAUAACUCUACAAUUCCUACUACUGCAGGUCGAUCGCAGUCGGAAAACGAAUUCGACGAAGAUGAUGACGACGACGAUAUUCACGAAAUCUCUCAUUCGCGACUUCGGAUAGAUCAGGCUCGAUCUCGGUUUUUACCUGCGCAGGUCGAUGCUCGAGACGUGGACUUUUCUGAUCGGCUGAAUGGAAAGCGGAAAUCGUAUAAAACCUCGAGUCGAAGACAACGAGUUCUCGAAGAUGGUACCGAACAAAUUGGCGACUUGAGCGACGAAGAAGGAGGCGAAGACCUACAGAGAAAGAUUGCACGGCUAAAGCGAGAGAUAGAGGAAGCUAAAGAAGAAUACAACAAACGGAAGUCAGAGUCGACGGAAGCUCUACCAGACCAAGAUAUCGACCUUGUCUCCUUAAGCCAGGCAUUGGAAGAAAUUUCGACUAUUCCGGAAAGAGCAAUAGCAACCAGAGAUCGCCCAGCAACAGUCACGAGCGAUAAAACGACGGGUGAGAGCCAAAUGCCCACCCGGUCACCGUUAGACGAGGCAACGUACACUGUUACCUAUGCCCCAAGUUACGAGCAAAGUCAUGCGCUUGCAAAAGCCGCCGACUUCGACCGGCGACUGGUAAUGCUCGAAAAAGCCAUUGGUAUUACUUCCUCGGCUAUGCCUGAACUAGAAAGAAAUGGUCUUCCUCGUGCUAUCAUGCCUACCCUGGAUACGCUUCAGAACCAGAUCUUGACGUUGUCCGAAGCGUCCACCUCAUCUCUCGAUGGCAUUAGCCGUCGGGUAAGGACGUUAAUCCAGGAGGCGGAGCAACUAGAAAAGUCAAGAAGGGCUGCCAAGGCUGCUCAGGAUUCCCUUGCAUCUUCAGGUGGUUCUCCGGUUGAAGCUGAUAAUUCAGAGCAAACAGCCAAGAUAAACGCUCUCUAUGGGACACUGCCGACGAUCGAAAGCUUGACACCUCUUCUACCUCCACUGCUAGAUCGACUUCGCUCACUACGAGCUAUUCAUGCAGAUGCGGCGACAGCUAAUGAAACGCUCGAGCGUAUCGAACGAUCGCAGAGCGAGAUGGCUGCCGAUAUUAAGCAGUGGAGAGAAGGCCUAGAAAAGAUUGAAGCAGUCAUGGGAGAAGGGGGUGCGACUAUGACGACGAAUAUGAAGGUGGUAGAGGGGUGGGUAAAAGAUCUAGAGGCCAAGGUGGCUGGAUUGUCUCAAUAACGACGAUACUAGUAUACCUUCUUUGUUAUUUACAUAAGCCAUGAUACCCUAUUAUACUUUCUAAAGGGAAAACAAGUAUGAAUGCUCUGGUGAUCCCAGGCACUUGGUCGAAUAAUACACUACCAAUCCUGACCUAA